AUGGCUGGGCCUGAGCUGCUUUUAGAUUCCAGUAUUCGCUUGUGGGUCGUGUUGCCCAUUGUUUUCAUCACGUUUUUUGUCGGAGUUAUUCGCCAUUAUGUGACCCAAUUGCUGCACUCAGAAAAGAAAGUGGAGUUGGAGCAGGUGUCUGACAGCCAAGUAUUAAUUCGAAGCCGGAUUUUGCGAGAGAAUGGAAAAUACAUUCCCAAACAGUCAUUUGCCAUGCGAAAACACUACUUCAAUGAUCCAGAAACAGGAUUUUUUAAGAAAACCAAGAGAAAGGUUGUUCCGAAAAAUCCAAUGACAGAUCCUAGCAUGCUUACAGAUAUGAUGAAGGGAAACUUGACCAAUGUUCUUCCCAUGAUUCUAAUUGGUGGAUGGAUUAAUUGGGCUUUCUCUGGAUUUCUUACAACAAAGGUCCCAUUCCCGCUGACACUACGCUUCAAGCCAAUGCUGCAACGAGGAAUUGAGCUUCUGUCCCUUGACGCUUCUUGGGUAAGUUCAGCUUCCUGGUAUUUCCUGAAUGUGUUCGGUUUGCGGAGUAUGUACAACCUAAUUUUGGGACAGGAUAAUGCUGCAGAUCAGUCGCGGAUCAUGCAGGACCAAAUGACUGGUGCAGUUAUGGCGAUGCCCCCAGACCCCAACAAAGCGUUCAAGGCUGAGUGGGAAGCCCUGGAAAUUGUGGAUCAUCAGUGGGCACUAGAGAACAUUGAAGAUGAGCUUAUUGCUCGGGAUCUGAAUUUUGAAGGCAUUUUUGACAAGGAACUGAAAAGGCCCAUGUUUUGAAGUCCUAGUUAAUAAGAUCAGUCAUACCAGAGACCUUCUGCCAGUCUCGACUCGCACUACAGAUAGCAGACUAUCAGAACAGUCUUUAACAUUUUUUGAAAUUAAUAGGUGCCAAACAUUUUAAGGUAUUCUUUUUUUUUUUUUGGCUUGUGGCUCUUGCGGAGUAUUACCGGGAUGAAAGUUGAAGUAUUAGGUCCACAACAACCUUUGUUUUGAAUGCCAUGGAGACCUGCAACGCCUAAACGUUCAUCAAGAACAGGCAGAGACCCUUCAUGCAGAAUAAAGUGGUCUGGUCAGCGUUUGAGGGGCCCGCAUUAAAGAAAUUGGUUUAAAAUUGAAAUCAUUUCUCCACUUUUUAAAUUUUUUUUGGCUGUGUGGUGUGGCUCCUGACGGUUACUAUGUAUUGACAAAUAAAAGAGUAUUUAUUGAGUUACAGUA